AUGUCGGGGAUGCGGCAGCUCAGGCUGCUGGUCAGCGAGCGGCUAACGGCGGCUGCGGAGGAAAUCUUCGGGCUCGUGGAGAGGACAAUAGCGGAGUACCAGGAGGAGGUGGUCCGCUCCAAGAGGGAAAUCAUCCAGCUGAGGCAGCAGAUCGAGCAGCUGGCCGUCUUACAGCCCCGAGUGUCUUUGUUCAAAGGAGAUGUCGAGUCAGUGUCAGAGAUCCAAAGCCAGCCCCCAGCAGAGGAACAAAAGGACGAUGGAGACCAUCAGCAGGUUAAAGAGGAGCAGCUGGAUGUCUGCAUCAUCCCAGACGUGAACACCGAUUCUUCUGACGACGUAAAAGUUUCUCCUUUCGAAUCAGAGGCAACCCCUCACGUCCACCCCCAGCCGUUACCAAGCGUCAGCUCCAUAACUGUGACUCUGAACAGCUGCGAUGAGGGAAAAUGGAUUGAGAAUUUUGGCGGGAGCCCGUCGCAUUCUGGUCCAAGUCGCGGCUGCGUUUCCCUCGUGCAGCCGGAGCACGUCCUGGACAGCAAGUCCUGCCGUCUCUGCGGCGUGUCCUUCGCCAGGGACUGCGACCUGAUCAGGCACGUGGACGAGUCUCACGCGGGGCAGAAGGCCUUCAAAUGCUUCGAGUGUCACAAGGAGUUCGCCCGGAAAGACAGCUUGACUUUGCAUCUGAGGGUCCACACGGGCGAGAAGCCGCACAGGUGUCCCUUCUGCGGGAAGUUCUUCACCCAGACCUCCAACCUCAGGGUUCACAUGAGGAAGCACACGGGCGAGAAGCCGUACUUCUGCAGCUCGUGUGGCAAAAUGGUGGCGCACUCGUAUCACCUGAAAACAUGCUCCAGGCGGUCCUCAGUCACGAUGGACGUUAGUGGACAUUAGCGGUCUUCUAACUGAAUCCUGGGUGGCAAAAACAAACUUACACUACAAACCUGAGUUUGCACAGAAAAGCCUGGGAAUCAUGUCGUAUUAUGGAAGCUUUCUUCUGAUCAGAUACAGAUGCUACAGAUGCAGACUAUUUAUUAUUUUUAUAUAUUAUUAUUUGCGUUAUUAUUAUUGAGGUCUUUUGGAAUCGCAUGAAACUUUUUCAACCCAUAAAACAUCCGUUUAACUCUUCAAGUUUGAUUUGAGUCGUUCUUCGCCAGCUUAUUGCGAUGUAUCUCUAAAUAAAGAACUAUUUGAGAUUUA